GAAUAUUUGGGGCCGAGUCUUCUCUAUAUGGGCCUGUAACACACUUACCAAGCCCGAGAGCAAGAAGCCCACCCGAAAAGCCCAUAAAAUUCUAGUCCUACUCCUAUCUAAAACCAGCGCCAAUCCUCCUUUUCUCCACCUAAUUCCCCUCUUUUCUUUCCUUCAUCGCAAAUCUGGUUUCCGAUUGCCGGAGAAAUGAGCUACCAGAAGUUCCCCAGCGAUCCGUAUCCUCCUCCUGCUCCUCACGGGGACGCGCCACCGUACCCGCCGCCGCAAGUCUAUCCACCACCGCAGUACGAGACCGAAGGAUACCCGCCUCCGCCGCCCCGACCCGGAUACCCUCCUCAGUACCCGCCACCGCGUCCACCUCAGCAUCAGCACCGGUACGAUGGCUACCAAGGGUAUUUCUCCGCGCCGGGGUAUCCCGCGCAGCCGCCGCCGCCCCGUCAUCCUCCGCCCAAUCAAUACCAGAACUACCAGAGCUAUGACCACCACCACCACCACUAUAAUAACGACGAUUCCGAAGCUUCGUUCCUCCGCGGCUGUUUGGCUGCUGUCUGUUGCUGUUGGGUGAUGGAGGAGUGCUGCUUCUGAAAACAUUACUGCACCAUAUUGUAGUUCUCGGUCCGGCAACUACUCCUGACAGGUUGUUAUAAGGUUUAUGUCUGUCAAGUCGCCACCGAAUUAGUAUAUGCUUCUAUAGCACUUAUCUGUAGUUGCUCUGUUCAAAUGUAAAGUUGGCUCCUCACUACUGGAGAGACUUGGCUGUUUCAUUCGUUGUGGUUAAUAGAGAUUAUGGUGCUUGUGAUGGGUACAUUUACAUGUGUAAGCUUUCUCCUGAAGAAUCACCAAACUGGACUUCUCUGCUCAGAAUAUGAAUUUACUUCCAUGAUUGUGCACUUGAAUUCCCUUCUGGGUAAUUCACCCACUUAGCUAUGAAAUGGAUUAUUUUCUUUCUUUC